AUGUUCAAUUGUGUGUUGAAAUACACCGAGACUGAAGCGGAGUUUGAAGUUUACUGGACAAGGAUGGUUACAAAAUAUAAUUGUCAUAAGAAUACAUGGCUAGAGAAGCUUUAUGACUGUAGGGAGAAGUGGCGUCCAGCGUUCAACAAGGAUUAUUUCUCCAGGGGUAUUUUAUCUUCGCAAAGGAGUGAAAGCACAAAUCAUUCAAUUUCUAGGAGGUUGUCCAAGACUGCUGGUUUAUGUGAUUUUUAUUCAUCCUUUGUGAGUGUUAUUUAUGAAUGGAGAAGUAAGGAAAAUGGUGAGGAUUUCUGGUGUUCUCAAGGAGUACCCGCCAUGAUGAUGGAUCAUGUGAAACUCCUUUCACAUGCUAGAGAGGUUUAUACAAUAGAGAUAUAUUUUCUGUUCGAGGAACAAUUUAUGAAAGGUAGCUCUUGUUAUCAAGAAAUGGUGUUGAACGAUGGUUGUAAGUGCAAGUAUCACGUGUGGCGACCAGACAUAGAUAUCAUAAGGCAUGAAGUAAUUUUUAAGCCAAUCAAUUUGGAUAUAUGCUGUAGUUGCAAGCUGUUUUUAGAAUUGGGAAUACUUUGCUGCCACUGCUUACGUAUACUUCAUGUGCACUGUGUUUCCAGUAUUCCCGAUAAAUACAUUCUAAAAAGAUGGACUAAAAAGGUUGUUGAGGGUAGAAAUGUGGACAUUGCAUCCGUGUUUUAUAAUGGUGGUGUCCCUUCUUCAAUUUGGGCUGUUGAGAUUAGUAGGAAAUUUCAAAGGCUUAUUAUUUGUAGCCAAGAUAACAGUGUUGCUAGACAAUUCUGUGAUGAAGCUGUUGAGAAUGCAAGGAAAAACAUUGAACCUGAGAUUGGGGAUGUGAAUAUUGAGGAGGGUGUUGUGUCUUCGUCAAGUGGUAUUGUCCAAGACCCUUCAAGCCGGAGGAGUAAAGGUGUGAGAAAUAAAAGGAGUAGUAGUGUUAUUGAGAAGAAGUACAAUGCAGCAAGGGGGAGAAAGAGUGCUGCAAACAAGCUUGCUUCAAUUACAAAGGGCUCUGUCCAAUCAUUGGUCUUGGAAAAUAUUUCAGAGAUUGGUCGUGAUGGAUAUCUUGUACAUCCAAGCACUGGGGGUUCACAGUUUGUUCAUUUUAAUAAGAAUGUAGACCACGAUGUAGCUAUAGAUUGA